GAGCUAGUGCUUAGGGACAAUAAGCUGAAGAAAAUUCCCGAUGUUGCGAUAUUCAAGAAGCUUCUGGUACUUGAUGUUUCUUUCAAUGAGAUAUCAUCACUUAAUGGAUUGUCCAAGGUCUCCAGUACACUUAGAGAACUAUAUGUGUCUAAAAAUGAUGUCACCAAGAUGGAGGAGAUAGAGCACUUCCACGAGCUGCAAAUACUCGAACUUGGGUCCAAUAGAUUACGGGUUAUGGAGCUUCCGGAAAAUAUGAAAAACCUACAAGAGCUAUGGCUCGGUCGCAAUCGUAUUCGAACAGUUAAUUUGUGCGGUUUGAAAUGCAUUAAAAAGAUCAGCCUGCAGAGCAACCGUUUAACUUCCAUGAAUGGAUUUCAGGGAUGUGUUGCCCUUGAAGAAUUAUACUUGAGCCAUAAUGGUAUUGCGAAAAUGGAAGGUUUGUCUACCUUGGUAAACCUGCGGGUCUUAGAUGUAUCAGCAAAUAGGCUUACAGAAAUUAAUGACAUCGAGAACUUGACAAAAUUAGAAGAUUUGUGGCUUAAUGACAACAAUAUAGCAUCACUUGAAGGACUGGCAGAAGCUAUUGCUGGUGCUAGAGAGAAGCUAACAACCAUUUACCUUGAGCGAAAUCCCUGUAUUUAUCUCAUAAACAGGAUGCUGAAAGAUGAGACAAUAUUCAAGUCAUGAAUACACACGAACACACCAAUCGGUGCUGAUUGCUCUUUGAAUUAGAGACAUCCUGGUUGAAUGAUAUAACUACUUUAAUCACCUGAAAGCACAGAGGAGAUAUUAUUCUCCCUUGAAACCCCAAGAUGUUGAGAAAGUGUUAAAUCCCCUUGAGUUGACUUUUCUUAAUCAAUUAACAUACAAAGCUUUGAUUAUUACAUCGAAGUAUAGAAGCACAAUACUUAAAAAAGGAACACGUUGGAAGAUAUAAACAAUGGAGAUUUGGCAAGUAUACUCUAAACCCUAAGAAGUUGUGGGUGUUGGAACCUAAGAAUUUGUAAGGGCAUGUCAAACUCCAAGCUGAUAAAAGAUAGGUUAUGAAAGCUCUACACGUUCAGGAGAGCAUGAAAGAUUAUAUAAAAUCUGAACAUAGGGUGCAAGCCCUAAGCACUGGAAAAAGUCCAAAGAUAUGGAUCCUGGGCAUGGCAGCCAAAAUUAUGGAAGCAGCACUGGGAUGCCUGCUUGAUGAGUUUGAGGCACAAGAUUUCAGAAAGAAACAUUUUGUAAGGUUAUAGUCAAACAAGGUGAGACUGAACUUUUGAUGGCUGGAAGGGAUCUAUCUUUAAUUGCAGGGUGAACAACAGGAUAGAAAGGGUGGAUUCAUUGUCUGUGAGUUGGCUUUAUAUUUGAGUUGUAUGCCAAACUUCUAUUCGUUUGGAAAUUUCAGCGGCAUGAUGGACUUGGGCUCCUAGUGCUUUUGCAUUCUGGUAGAUGGCCAAAUUCAGGCGAAUGUGAGACUUCGCCUUGUGUCUAUGAAUUUAUGAAUCAAUCCUGGACUACACAAGAUGAGCUACUGGUUCUUACCUUGUAAAAGAAUCCUAGAAAGAUGGGUUUACAGAGAGUGGUGAAUUGAACUCGACCUCCUGGUUGAAAUGGAAUGCUCUGGCCACUGGAGCAACUUCACUUGUCUAGAGAUUAGAUACUUUUUUGUACUUUUUUUCCAGAAUCAAGGUAUAUUUGGAAUGUGUUUGGUAUUAUUUUUGGCACGUCAGAUGUAAGGUUGAACUUAAAUUUAAUGCUUGCCGGAGAUUUCUCAAUUUUUUUUGAUUAGUUAGAUCUUUUACGUCACAAAGGUAAAGGCUUAGUUCUCUGAUAACUUCCUAAUGUGUCGUAUUAUGGUUGCAGGCGCAAUCUCCGAACUACACAAGUACUUUGAGACACAUAUUCCCAAA